AUGGGAAUUUUUAAAAUCGAAGGAGGAACUCCUUUAAAAGGAGAAAUCACUCCGCAAGGAGCAAAAAAUGAGGCAUUACAAAUUUUAUGUGCCGUGCUUCUAACGGGGGAUAAAGUAAAAAUUAAUAAUAUUCCCGAUAUUAUUGACAUCAAUAAAUUAAUCACCUUGUUGGGUAAUUUAGGAGUUAAAAUUCAACGCAAUGAACCGGGUUCGAUUACGUUUCAGGCUGAUGAAGUUAAUGUUGGAUAUUUAGAAACCGAAGCUUUCAAAAAAGAAGGAGGAGCGCUUCGUGGUUCUAUUAUGAUUGUUGGACCGCUUUUGGCACGUUUCGGAAAAGGAUAUAUUCCUAAACCGGGAGGAGAUAAAAUUGGCCGUCGCAGAUUAGAUACGCACUUUGAAGGUUUUAUUAACCUUGGAGCAAAAUUCAGAUACAACAGAGAAGAUCACUUUUACGGAGUAGAAUCUCCAAAAGAAGGACUUAAAGGAACAGAUAUGUUGCUUGAUGAAGCAUCAGUAACAGGAACAGCAAAUAUCGUUAUGGCUGCUGUUUUGGCAAAAGGAACAACCACAGUUUACAACGCAGCUUGUGAGCCUUACUUACAGCAAUUGUGUAAAAUGUUGAACUCAAUGGGAGCUAACAUUACAGGUGUAGGAUCUAACUUAUUGACUAUCGAAGGUGUUGAAAGCCUUGGAGGAUGUGAGCACACAAUCUUGCCUGAUAUGAUCGAAAUUGGUUCCUGGAUUGGCCUUGCGGCUAUGACAAAAAGUGAAAUCACGAUCAAAAAUGUAAGCUGGGAGAAUUUAGGUUUGAUUCCUAAUACUUUCAGAAAACUAGGAAUUACAAUCGAAAAACGCGGAGAUGAUAUUUACAUUCCUGCUCACAAAGACGGGUAUGAAGUAAAAACCGAUAUCGAUGGUUCUAUUUUAACAAUUGCCGAUGCACCAUGGCCAGGAUUUACACCUGACUUGUUGAGUAUCGUUUUGGUUGUGGCUACACAAGCAAAAGGCGAUGUUUUAAUUCACCAGAAAAUGUUCGAAAGCCGUUUGUUUUUCGUGGAUAAAUUAAUCGAUAUGGGAGCAAAAAUUAUGUUAUGUGAUCCGCACAGAGCGGUGGUUAUGGGGCAUAAUUUCGAAUCUCAGCUAAAAGCAACAACAAUGUCAUCUCCUGAUAUUCGUGCGGGGAUUUCAUUAUUAAUUGCAGCUUUAUCGGCAAAAGGAACAAGCACAAUUCAAAAUAUCGAACAAAUCGAUCGUGGAUACGAGCGUAUCGACGAGCGUUUAAGAGCAAUUGGAGCUAAAAUCGUGAGAGCGUAA